GGAGAGAAGAGCGGACAGUAGGGAGCUCGAAAGGCAGCAGCCCCACCGCCGGCCUGAGUUACCAUCAACACCCCGGGGGGAAGUUAAAGCGAACCAACCGCCGGCCCGAGUCACCACCUCCGAAAGCAGCCAAACUUACACCAUCAAAGACACAAUGAGCAGCGAGGUUGAAACACAACAGCAGCAGCCAGACGCAUUGGAGGGCAAGGCCGGCCAGGAACCGGCGGCCACCGUGGGGGAUAAGAAGGUCAUCGCCACCAAGGUUUUGGGGACAGUCAAAUGGUUUAAUGUGCGCAAUGGUUACGGCUUUAUUAACAGGAAUGACACCAAGGAAGAUGUGUUUGUACACCAAACUGCCAUCAAGAAGAAUAACCCUAGGAAGUACCUUCGCAGUGUGGGAGAUGGUGAAACUGUUGAGUUUGAUGUAGUGGAGGGUGAAAAGGGUGCAGAGGCAGCUAAUGUAACUGGUCCAGAGGGUGUUCCAGUCCAAGGCAGCAAAUAUGCAGCAGACCGUAAUCAUUACAGGCGCUAUCCACGUCGCAGAGGUCCUCCACGCAACUACCAGCAAAAUUACCAAAACAACGAAAGUGGAGAAAAGGCAGAGGAGAAUGAGAGUGCACCAGAAGGAGACGAUUCAAAUCAACAGCGUCCAUACCACAGAAGGCGUUUCCCACCAUACUACACACGGAGACCAUAUGGACGCAGACCUCAAUACUCCAAUGCUCCUGUUCAAGGAGAUGAAGCAGAGGGAGCAGAUAGCCAAGGUACAGAUGAACAAGGCAGACCUGCGAGACAAAAUAUGUAUAGAGGCUUCAGACCACGAUUUCGCAGGGGACCCCCGCGACAGAGACAACCUAGAGAGGAAGGAAAUGAGGAGGACAAAGAAAAUCAGGGGGAUGAAACCCAGAGUCAGCCACCACCUCAACGUCGGUACCGCCGUAACUUUAACUACAGACGCAGACGCCCAGAAAACCCUAAAUCACAAGAUGGUAAAGAGACCAAGGCAGCCGAAACAUCAGCUGAGAACACGUCCACUCCCGAGGCUGAGCAGGGCGGGGCUGAGUAAAUACCGGCUUACCAACUCUACCACCAUCCGGUUUUUUGUCAUCAAAAUGUCAAGACAGAAAUUCCAGCAAUAAGAAAUGAACAAAGAAUUGGAACUGAAGACCUUAAGUGCUUGCUUUUUGCUCUUGACCAGAUAACUUCAUCCUGCAUGGAUAACUGCAGAGAUGGUUUUUGUUUUUUAUCUAAAAAGCUCCUUUUGGGAAUGACAAUUUUUUAAAAAAAACAUUUUUUCUCAAUGUACCUUCAAAGGUUUUUAAAUUGUUUCAUAUCUGGUCAAACUAAGAUUUUUAAGAACCUCAUUUUUAAUUUGUAAUAAGCGUACACCUAAUUGUUUUUCAAAAGUCAACAAACUGCAAGCAUCUGUUAAUAAAGGUCUUCACAUUA